AGAAUUCAGAAUUUUAUACAUGGCUAAAACUCGUUGAGUCACAUUACGCCCUCUCUCUCUCCCUCCCACUGAUUUUCCCUCCAUUUAGGCUCUUUGCUAAAAUGCGCUCCAAGGACAGAAUCUCCUACUUCUACGAUGGGGACGUUGGGAAUGUCUACUUUGGGCCAAACCAUCCGAUGAAACCGCACCGGCUGUGUAUGACUCAUCAUCUGGUUCUAGCUUACGGUCUCCACAACAAGAUGGAAAUUUAUAGGCCUCAUAAGGCAUAUCCAAUUGAGUUGGCGCAGUUCCAUACAGCUGAUUACGUUGAAUUUCUGCACCGGAUAACGCCUGACACUCAACAUUUAUUUGGGAGUGACCUCAAACGAUAUAAUCUUGGAGAAGAUUGCCCUGUAUUUGAUAACCUGUUUGAGUUUUGCCAAAUUUAUGCUGGUGGAACAAUAGAUGCUGCGCGUAGAUUAAACAAUCAACUCUGUGACGUCGCCAUAAAUUGGGCUGGUGGUUUGCACCACGCCAAAAAGUGUGAGGCUUCAGGAUUUUGUUAUAUCAAUGAUCUAGUUCUGGGAAUUUUGGAGCUUCUCAAAUAUCAUCCCCGAGUUUUGUAUAUUGAUAUUGAUGUACAUCAUGGAGAUGGUGUGGAAGAGGCCUUUUAUUUUACAGAUAGGGUAAUGACGGUCAGUUUCCACAAGUAUGGAGAUAAGUUCUUUCCAGGAACAGGGGAUAUGAAGGAUAUAGGAGAAAGAGAUGGGAAAUUUUAUGCCAUAAAUGUGCCAUUCAAGGAUGGAAUAGAUGAUUCCAGUUUCAUUCGUCUCUUCCGAACAAUUAUUUCAAAGGUGGUUGAAACAUAUAUACCAGGAGCAAUAGUUCUCCAAUGUGGGGCAGAUUCACUAGCUGGUGAUCGUUUGGGCUGCUUUAACCUCUCCAUUGAUGGGCAUGCUGAAUGUGUUCGAUUUGUGAAGAAAUUUAAUAUUCCCCUGCUGGUAACUGGAGGAGGGGGGUAUACAAAAGAAAAUGUUGCUAGAUGUUGGGCGUAUGAAACAGGGAUUCUUCUAGACUCAGAGCUUCCUAAUGAGAUACCUGAUAAUGACUACAUCAAAUAUUUUGGCCCUGAUUAUUCACUGAAGAUUCCUGGUGGGCACAUUGAGAACUUGAAUAGCAAGUCAUACCUUGGCACCAUAAAAACACAUGUAUUAGAAAAUCUUCGAUACAUCCAGCAUGCUCCUAGUGUGCAGAUGCAGGAGGUGCCUCCUGACUUCUAUAUUCCUGAUUUUGAUGAAGACACGCAAAAUCCUGAUGAGCGUUUGGAUCAGCAUACACAAGACAAACAAAUCCAGCGAGAUGAUGAAUAUUAUGAAGGUGACAAUGACAAUGAUCACUCCAUGGAUGAUGCAUGAGGAGCUCUUACCUCCUUGAGGAAAAAGGAUUUCAGUUUUUAGGGAUUAUUAGGCUCAGGCUUGAUUAGGUACAUGUAAUGAUGUAAAUCUAUAUUGUUUUGCCUCAGAAAGAGGGAAUUAUAACCAUUCUAAUGUUCCGUCCAGUCCUUGUGUCCUUUUUGGUAUAAAAUUGGUUUGGAAUCUUUUGAUGGUUGUGUGAA